CUGCUGGGUCCAGAUACGUUCAACACACAGGAGGAACCAAACAGAUCCAUCAGAGUCCAUGGAUGGAUUCAAACAACAAGAACAGUUCUGAUAAACACACCGGACCUGCUACACCCGAGCAUCUCUGAAUCCAAACUUCAAGAACUUGUAGAACAUUGUGUGAGUCUCUCUGCUCCUGGACCUCAUGUGUUUCUGCUGGUUGUCCAGCAGAACAUGACUGACCAACAGAAGCAGAGACUUUAUAGGAUUCUGGAUCUCUUCAGUAAAGACUCUUUGAAACAUUCACUGGUUCUGAUCUCAACACCUGGAUGGGAAACUCCAGGUUCAAAUUACCCGUUUCACCUGAGGCCUCUGCAGGAUCUGACCAAAAUGUGUGGAAACAGGUGGAUCAAGCUGUUGCCUGACUCCACAGAGCUGCUGUGGAACCUGAGUCAAAUUUUGAAAAUCAACUAUUGGAGCCAUGUUGACUGUGGGCGUCUAGAAACUUCUUCACCUUUGGCCUCUGCUCAAAGCCCUGAACAUAACGUCGGAACAAAGCAACGCAGAAACAGCAAGGAUUUUAUUCCACCAGCCUUCCCUCAGCAGCACCCGCCAGUCCAUGUAAUGAAGAAAGAGGAGAGGGGACCAAGCAGCAGCCAGAAAACCUUUAUGCCAACAUGGGGAGAUAAUCAAAAUCCAGACAUCAGAAUAGUUCUGAUUGGGAAGACUGGCAGUGGAAGGAGUUCAACAGGAAACACCAUCCUGGGAAGAAAACAGUUUGAAGCCAAACUGAGUCAAAGAUCCGUCACAAAGCGAUGUGUGAAAGAAAAGACUGAAAUAGAUGGACGGUCGGUUUUUGUGGUCGACACACCUGGACUGUUUGACAACAGUUUGAGUCUCAAACAGAUUCAGGAUGAGCUGGAGGGUUGUGUUACUCUGGUGGCUCCAGGUCCUCAUGUUUUCCUGCUGGUUGUUCAAAUCGGCAGAUUCACAUCAGAGCAGAUGGAAACGGUAGAAAUGAUCAAGAAAACCUUUGGGAAGAAUUCAGAAAUGUUCACCAUCGUCCUUUUAACUGGAGGAGAUUUGUUAGAGCAAAAUGGCCUCACUGCUGAAGAUUAUAUUGAAAAGGAAAGUGACGAUUCUUUGAAGAAGCUGAUCGCUGACUGUGGAGGGAGAUACCAUGUGUUCAAUAAUUCUGAUGUAGAAAAUCGAUCUCAGGUCAGAGAACUGAUCAGAAAGAUUGACGACAUGGUGAAAGAAAAUGAAGGAAGUUUCUACACCAAUGUGAUGCUGCAGGAGGCUGAAGCUGCUAUACGGAAGGAAAUUGGAAAUCAGAGAGAAGAAGAAAUGAACAGAAAGAUGGAAGAACUUGACAGAAAACAUGCAGCAGAAAAAGAGGCCAUGAAAAGAAAACUGGAAAAGGAAACUGAACAGCAGAGAAAAAUUCUAUAUGAAAUGAAGGAAAAAAUCAGGCUAGGAAAUGAGAAGAGAAAGAAAGAUCAGGAAUAUAGAGAGAGAGAAGAGAGAAGGAGGGAAAUGCAAGAAGAAAAGGACAAUAAGCAGUUGAUGGAUGAGCUGGCAGAGUUGGAGAACAAUAUAAAAUCCCUAAAGAUAAAGAGACGAGAACUGGAGGAGAAGCAAAGGCUGAUGGAGAAAGAACAACGAGAGAGGUGGAAAAAAAGACGUGAAGAAGACAAACAGACACAGCUGAGGGAGGAGAUGAGAAUGAAUAACCUCCAAGAAGAAUAUGAAAAGGAGAAAGAAAAAUAUGAAAAAUCUAGAUGGAUUGAAGAAAAUGUUUGAAGGGAACUCAGAGACCUGGAGAAGCACCAGAAUAAUCUGGAAGACAUGAAAUAGAAACAGUUGAAAUAUGCAUGUGUGCAAUGAAUCAAUUGUUUUGGGAUUAAGAUAAAACUAGAGUGACAUUAGUCUAGUUGGGCAAAAUUACAAAGACUUACAAAGGUUUUAAAUCCAGCAGGGCUACUUUUGGUCCUAAAAAAUACACUGUAAAUCAAUCAAUGGUUUUUUUUAAGGGAUUUCAGGAGGACACGUUUUUCUCCGAAGGAAAGAGGGAAGGUACUGUAGCUCCACCUAGUGUCCGUCUGUGUAUGUACAUGAGUUUUACUUCAUGGAGUUUGGAUUGUAAAGAUUUCAGACCCUUUGCCUUUGAGAGAAACAAGGUCAACACUGAAAGACAGAGACAGUUUUAUUGUCUGUAGGAAAAUAAUAUGAAUUUAUUCCCACCACAGUUCCACCGUCCUCUGAAAUCUUUUAUAACUGACUUCAGAGUCAUAACAAUAGAGGAGCCCAUGCCUUGUCCAGUCAUUGUUUUACUGAAACAUCAAGUUAGACCAACUUGUCUUCAUGUUAAUUAGGUCAUAGAGGUUAAAUACAGACGUAUCGAAGUAAAACAUAUCACUUCCUCUUCUCAAGGUGUGAGGCUUGAGAAGAGGAAAGUUUUGUUCGGGUCCAGAUGAGGACCAAUCACAGCAGGUUUCUUUAUAGCGGCUAUAACUUUUAUAGUUUUGUUAUAUAGUUAAAAUUUGAUUCCAGGCCUCUUCAAUGUUCUUCAAUGUUCUUCAAUGUUCAACUUUAAAUAAUCAAUGUUUUUGAAAGAGGAGACGAGCUGUCAUUCACCCGUUACUAUGGUAACCACCAACUGUCAAGAGCAGCAUUACAGAACCUAUACACCAAUAAAUGUCGGACAAAAAUAAGCUUUUGAUCAAAUGAAAUUAAUUUGAAAUAAACCAGUUUUGACAAACUUUACAUCUACUGUAUAAUAUUAAA